AUGUCUUGGCUCUCCUGGCUCUUCAUGCUGAGGCCUUGCUCAGCCCUGUCCAUGCUCCUCGUGGGGCUGGUGGGCAGACAGCUGGGUCUCCGGGUGGGGUGGCAGGUGGUUGAGACAAUGACUUGUUCUCGGUGGGGUUCAUCAAGCAUCCAGGGUCUGUUCCAGGACGGAGAUCUAAUCAUCGGUGGGCUGUUCAGUCUUUAUAACAAGCCUCCAGCCAUAGACCAAGACUUCACUCAGCAGCCACGUUACCAAUCCUGCAGCAGAUUGGAGGCUCUUCCACUGCAGUACAUAUAUGCGAUGGUGUUUGCGCUGGAAGAAAUCAACCACAGCACAACGCUGCUUCCAGGCGUGAAGCUAGGCUACCACAUUCACGAUAGCUGUGCUCUGCCCCUGUGGGCUUUGCGGACAGCACUGUCUCUGGUUGGAGGAGACAGCAGCAGCUGUAAUUUAGCUGAAGGAACUGGAGAAAGGAGAGGUGAUCAGCCUGUUCCAUUGAUCAUCGGUGGCGAUUCAUCUAUAACGGCCAAAAUACUCUCCAGAGUCCUGGGGCCACUCUCUGUUCCUUUAAUGAGCUACACAGCGAGCUGCCCCUGUCUGAGUGACACACGCCAAUUUCCCAACUUCUUUAGGACGAUGCCAAGUGAUAUUUACCAAGCUCGAGCCAUCGCCCAGCUUGCAAUAAGUAUGAACUGGUCUUGGAUCGGAGCAGUGGUCGCAAAAAACAGUUAUGGCCUAACGGCAAUAAAGAUAUUUCAGGAGGAGACUCAGGGGUCCGGCGUAUGUCUGGCGUUUGUGGAGACUCUCCGAAGGGAGAACAUUAAGAGCGAUGCCAAACAGGCAGCGCUCGCAAUUCAGGCCUCGACCGCAAAAGUGAUUCUGAUCUUCACCUGGUACACAGAUGUGAGGGAACUGUUCCUGCAGCUGGCCGAGAGAAAUGUGACUGAUAGACAGUUUCUGGCCAGCGAGGCUUGGAGCACGAGUGUUAAUCUUCUCGAAAACCCUUCCACCCUUAAAGUGGCACGUGGCGUCCUCGGCGUGGCCAUUAGGAGUUCACCCAUUCCUGGAUUUGAAUAUUAUCUCAGAAAUCUGAACCCAUCUCAUCGUCCUGAUGAUAAGUUCUUGAGAGAAUUUUGGGAGGAAAUGUUUAAUUGUCGUGCUGGAUCCACCAAUUUUUCUUCAUCUACCACUUCACCAUCUCGUGCAGGCCAGAUGGCGUCUCUGCCGCUCUGCAGUGGCACAGAGUCCUUGGAGGUGGUGCACAAUCUCUUUACUGACACCUCUCAGCUGAGGGUGACAUAUAAUGUGUACCUUGCUGCUUACGCUGCAGCCCAUGCCCUCCACAGCCUCCUCUCAUGCCCCAACAAUGACAGCUCUCCUGGAAACAGCAGCUCCACCUGCUCCUUUCCAAAACACGUCCAACCCAUCGAGGUUCUGCAGAGCUUGAGCAAAGUGAACUUCACCACACCUCAGGGUGAAAUGUUUUACUUCCAAGGGGCCGACGUUCCAGCGAAGUACGACCUCGUAAACUGGCAGAAAACCUCCGAAGGCCAACUCAAGCUUGUUCUGAUUGGUCGAGUGGAUGGAUUUGACCUCCACCUUAACAAGUCAGCCAUUCAGUGGAGCACAGGUUCCAAUCAGGUGCCUGUGUCAGUGUGCAGUGAGAGCUGCCCCCUAGGGACCAGGAUGGCCACCAGGAAAGGAGAACCUAUCUGCUGCUUUGACUGCAUCCCAUGUGCUGACGGGGAGAUUAGCAAUACAACUGGUUCCCCUCACUGUGUUCAUUGUCCGCCUGAGUUCUGGUCAAACUCUGAACGAACGGCCUGCGUCCCUCGCCAGCUGGACUUCCUCUCCUUUAAUGAAACUUUGGGUAUUACCCUGACGACAGUCGCUAUAUCUGGUGUCGUGGUGACAACAGCAGUGUUUGUGGUGUUCCUAUGCUAUCGUCAAACACCUGUGGUGCGAGCAAACAACUCAGAGCUGAGCUUCCUGCUGCUUCUGUCUCUGAAGCUUUGCUUCCUGUGCUCGCUGGUGUUCAUCGGUCGUCCGUCGGUCUGGGCCUGUCGCUUCCAGCAGGCGGCUUUUGGGAUCAGCUUUGUGCUUUGUGUUUCCUGCCUCCAAGUCAAAACCAUAGUGGUCCUCGCAGCGUUUCGCUCGGCUAGGCCCGGUGCUAAGGCCCUGAUGAAGUGGUUUGGUCCGGGCCAACAGAGAGGAAGUGUCUGCGUUUUCACCUGUAUACAGGUUAUCAUCUGUGUUGUUUGGCUAUCGCUCAGCCCCCCAUCGCCUAAACCUGACUUUGAUAUUCCGGGGUUGAAGGUCACACUGAAGUGUGCCAUGGCCUCUGUGGCAGGCUUCUCUCUGGUCCUCGGCUACAUCGGCCUGCUGGCCUGCUCCUGCCUCCUCUUGGCCUUUCUUGCUCGGAAACUCCCCGACAACUUCAAUGAGGCCAAACUGAUCACCUUCAGCAUGCUGAUCUUCUGCGCCGUCUGGGUGGCGUUCAUUCCUGCUUAUGUCAGUUCUCCUGGAAAAUAUGCAGUUGCCGUGGAGAUUUUUGCAAUUCUUGCCUCCAGCUAUGGUUUGCUGUUCUGUAUCUUUGCUCCAAAGUGUUUCAUUAUUCUUUUGAGGCCCGAGAAAAACACUAAGAAACAGCUGAUGGCCAAGUAG